CUGAACUUUAGAUCUCAUACAUUGUAGCCUAUAAGAAGAAGAAUGAAGAUGAGAUUCUAACUUAACAAUGAUGGAUAGCAGCGGUUGGAAUUUGCACAAACGAUAUAUGUGUCCUCACUGCAAGAAAAUCUACGCGCCGAAGAGCCUGCUAAAAAAGCAUAUGCAGUUCGGUUGUAAAAUGAAUCCGCGCAACACCACGACAUUCUCCUGUACUUUCUGCCCUUACAAGAGCAUAUACAAAGCAAACAUGGAGAGACACGUGAGCAAUGUUCAUAACACCGGCAGCCUCAAGUUCCGCUGCGAGCUCUGCAAUUUCCGCAGCAACUACUCCUUCUGCGUUCGCAGACACAUAAAGACCUUCCAUCGAUUAGACGAUUUUCAGAAAUAA